CGCACUUACUUGCUACGUGUUUACUAUCUAGUUUAUGCGAACUACUUGGGUUAGGAGCGAAUCGUCUAGAUUAGUUAGACCGAUCAUCGAAAUUCCUUCUUCGUCCUCUUCGGACUCCGAACCCAUAGAAGUUAGCGAACCGAUAGUAAACAUGGCGUUGUCUCUUAAAGACCGCUGUUACCCGUCCCGUUCUGCUCAACCAUCGUGUAUCACCCUUCCUCCCGUUAAUGGGAAUAAUUUCGAGAUUAAGGCACAUCACAUUAGCAUGUUGCCUAAGUUUUUAGGGAGUGAAGGUGAGGAUCCAUAUCUCUUUAUUCAAGAAUUUGAGGAGGUUUGCGGUUUGCAAAAACUCCAACAAUUGAGCGAAGAUUCCAUUCGGCUUAGACUAAUCAACUUUGCUUUAAAAGAAAAUGCUAAAAAAUGGUUGUAUAGUCUUCCCGUCAAUUCUAUUUCCACUUGGGAGGGCUUUGUGGUAAUGUUUCUUAAAAAGUAUUUUCCAAACCACAAAACGACUCGAAUUACAAAUGAAAUAAAUCAAUUCCAUCAAAGGGAAAAUGAGUCUUUUUGGAAAUUCUUUGAUCGUUUCAAAAAUCUUUUAUCACAAUGCCCCCACCAUGGAAUAGAGAAAUGGAGACUUUGUAAGAUUGUGUACGAGGCCUUAGAUAGUCAAACAACCGCUUUGUUAGAAUCUAUGUGCCAAGGCAAAUUCAUGGAAAAAGAUGAGGACCAAGGGUGGGAAUUUUUCGAGGACUUAGCCGAGAAAACAAUGUUAUGGGAGUCUACUAGGGAACCUAAAAAGUCGAUCGAGGCGUCUAGCGCUAGGGGUUUGCACUCGAUAGGAAACAAUGUGGCAACCGAUGCCAAAUUAGCAACCCUUACUAAGAGACUCGAAGCUUUAGAGUCUCAUAGUGGCCCCUCAUCUUUGCCUAUGUUCCCGAACUAUGAUGCUCCCCAUCCCGAGAUCCAACAAUCUCACGAUUUUGAGCAAGUGAACGCGAUGUUCCAACCUAAGCCGAGAAACGAUCCUUUUGCACCAACUUACAACCCCGGGUGGAAGAAUCACCCGAAUUUCUCGUGGAACCAAGGGCAAAACUUUCAAACUCCACAACCUAAUUUUCCUAGGCCCAAUCCCAAUUCUUUUCCGAAUUAUCAAAACCCAAGUCAAGCUCCGUUAAAUCCUCCCGGUUUUAAUGAUUCAGAUAAGAGACUCAAUUCCCUAGAAAAGAGCAUAGAGGCCUUAGUGAAAUCGCAAACUAACUUGACCCAAUCCCAACAAACCUUCAUGCAAACUUUAACUCAAGAUAGGCAACUUUUGCAUUCUAAUGUGCAAGCCGUCUCUAAGUUAGAGUCCCAAUUGAGUCAAUUAGCGAACACGUUGUGUGAACGAGAAAAGAACAAAUUCCCUAGUCAACCGGAGCCGAACCUAAAAUUUCCACUUAAUCAAAGACCCCCGGAUAAUGUGCAUUCGGUCAUUUCUCUUAGGUCGGGUAAACAAGUAGAGACCCACGUUGGUGAGAACCUUGGUAAGAAAGGGGAUUCGACUUCUAACCCAAGUCCACCCCGCACUACCAUUAAUCAUGACAAACCCGAGAGUUCAAAAGCCCGUGAGGAGUCGAGUGACCCAAACCCGGAACCCGAGUUGCAAGGUGAAGUAGUCUAUAAACCGAGAGUCCCUUACCCACAAAGACUUAUUUCACCUAAGCAAUCGGCUCAAAUGGAGAAGAUUUUGGAAGUGUUUAAGCAAGUCAAGGUCAACAUACCCCUUUUAGAUGCAAUUCAACAAAUUCCCUCAUAUGCUAAGUGUCUUAAGGAGUUAUGUACCCAUAAGAGAACUAACCAUGUUCCUAAGAAAGCUUUCCUUACCUCUCACAUUAGUUCGAUUCUCUCAAACCAAAUUCCCGUGAAAUACAAGGACCCCGGUUGUCCUACAAUUUCAUGUGUCAUAGGAGAAACUUUUGUGGAUAAGGCGUUACUUGAUUUAGGGGCUAGUGUUAAUCUCCUUCCAUAUUCUGUCUACCAAGCUUUAGGCUUAGGGGAGCUCCGACAAACCAAUGUCACACUUCAAUUAGCCGAUCGAUCCGUGAAAAUUCCUAAGGGAAUGAUCGAGGAUGUGCUAAUUAAAGUAGGUGACUUCGUGUUUCCCGUAGAUUUUGUCGUCCUAGAGACCGAGCCGGUUAGGAACCCGAAGAAUCAAAUUCCCAUAAUCCUAGGACGACCCUUUUUAGCUACAUCCAACGCGUUGAUUAAUUGUAGGAACGGCUUAAUGAAGCUAACAUUUGGUAACAUGACAAUCGACCUCAACAUUUUUCAUGUGGGGAAACAAUCCGAUGAUUUCUAUGAUCAACCUAUGGACGUUAAUCUAAUUGAUGAAAUAGUUGAUCAAGAUCUCAUGAAUCCUAAGGAUGCACUUGAAUUUUGCUUAAAACAUUUUGGAGAGGAUUGGGAUGUUUCCGACUACACACAUGAGGUCAACCAAAUGUUAGAAUCCACCAUUCCUACAACAAGUCAAGAGCGUGAUGUUGAACCCGAGCAUUUGCCUUUACCUAAGAAAUCCGUUGAGUCACAACCGCCGGAAGUAGAACUCAAACCUCUUCCCGACACUCUUAAGUAUGAUUUUCUAGGUCCUAACGAGUCAUAUCCCGUUAUCAUUGCCUCUAAUUUGACUACGUCACAAGAGGAAGAACUUUUAGGAACCCUUAGAAAGCAUAAGGGAGCGAUAGGGUGGAGCAUCUCGGACAUUAAAGGAAUUAGCCCGGCGAUUGUCCAACAUAGAAUUCAUUUGGUAGAAGAUGCAAAGCCCGUGAGAGAACCUCAAAGGAGGUUGAAUCCUCCCAUGAUGGAGGUAGUUAAGAAAGAGAUUCUUAAGUGCUUAGACAAUGGGAUUAUUUAUCCCAUUUCCGAUAGUAAGUGGGUGAGUCCCGUCCAUGUAGUGCCUAAGAAGUCGGGCAUUACUUUGGUGACAAAUGAGAACAAUGAGCAAGUUCCAACGCGUGGAAUCGUUUUAGGACACAAAAUUUCUGAAAAAGGGAUCGAAGUAGACAAGGCUAAGGUUGACCUAAUUGCUAAUCUCCCUCCUCCCAAGUCCGUUAAGGAAAUUCGUUCUUUCCUUGGACAUGCGGGAUUUUAUCGUAGAUUUAUUCAAGAUUUUAGCAAAAAGGCCCGACCUUUGACCAACCUUCUAGCUAAGGAUGUCAAAUUCGAGUUCACAAGCGAGUGUGUUCAUUCCUUCGAAGACCUUAAGAGAGAAUUGACUUCGGCCCCGAUCAUGAAGUCUCCCGAUUGGAGCCAACCUUUCGAGCUUAUGUGUGACGCAUCCGAUUAUGCGAUAGGAGCGGUUUUAGGACAACGAAUAGAUAAGAGGCCUCAUGUCAUUUACUAUGCUAGUAAGACCUUAAAUGAUGCGCAACUCAAUUACUCUACCACCGAGAAGGAACUUCUAGCCGUAGUCUUUGCCUUAGAAAAAUUUCGCUCUUAUCUUAUCGGGUCCAAAAUCAUUGUUUACACCGACCAUGCCGCUCUUAAGUACCUUUUCUCUAAAAAAGACUCAAAAGCCCGCUUAAUUAGAUGGAUUUUGUUGCUCCAAGAGUUUGACUUAGAGAUUAGGGAUAAGAAAGGGUGCGAGAAUGUCGUCGCCGAUCAUCUCUCUCGAUUAGUGGUUGAAUCCACUAACGAUUUGCCCUUACGCGAAUCCUUUCCCGACGAACACCUUCUCUCGAUUUCCACUCUCCCUUGGUUCGCCGACAUAGUCAAUUACCUAGCAACCGGUGACAUUCCCUCGACAUGGUCCAAAAAUGAUAAAGCCAAGUUCUUUUCUCAAGUGAACCAUUUCUUUUGGGACGACCCGUAUCUCUUUAAACAUUGUCCCGAUCAAAUCAUUAGGAGGUGUGUCCCAAAUAGUGAGUUUCAUAGCAUCCUCUCGUUUUGUCACGAUCAAGCAUGUGGAGGUCAUUUUAGUGCGAAAAAGACCGCCGCUAAAAUCCUCCAAUGCGGUUUUUAUUGGCCCACUUUGUUUAAGGAUGCCGCCGAGUAUUGUUCUGCAUGUAGUAGGUGUCAACAUCUAGGAAGAAUCACUAGGAGGAACAUGAUGCCUAUGAGCCCAAUCCUUGUUAUAAAGCUCUUUGAUGUGUGGGGCAUAGAUUUCAUGGGCCCAUUUCCUAGUUCGUUUGGCCACCUUUACAUCCUUCUCGCGGUUGAUUACGUUUCUAAGUGGGUAGAAGCCAUCCCGACCCGGUCUAAUGACAACAAAGUUGUCCUUCGCUUCCUUAAAGAGAAUAUCUUUUCUCGAUUUGGUACACCUAGGGCUAUCAUUAGUGACCAAGGGACACAUUUCAAGAACCGUCAAUUCGAGUCUCUUCUUAAGAAGUACUCCAUCACUCAUAGGCUUGCUACCCCUUAUCAUCCUCAAACUAGUGGCCAAGUAGAGGUGUCAAACCGGCAAAUUAAGCAAAUCUUAGAAAAGACGGUCAACUCGAAUAGGAAGGAUUGGUCAACCAAAUUGAUAGAUGCCUUAUGGGCCUAUCGGACCGCCUUUAAGACCGUCUUAGGAAUGUCUCCUUAUAGACUCGUGUAUGGUAAAGCUUGCCAUUUGCCGGUAGAGUUAGAGCAUAGGGCCAUGUGGGCCAUUAGAGAAUUGAACUUCGAUUUACCCACCGCCGGUAGUCAUCGGAAGUUACAAUUGACCGAGUUGGACGAACUUAGGAAUGAUGCCUACGAAAAUGCUAAAAUUUACAAAGAGAGAACCAAGGCCUUCCAUGAUAAGACUAUUUUAAGAAAAUCCUUUUCUCCCGGCCAAAAAGUUCUUCUCUACAACUCUAGGCUUCAUUUGUUUCCCGGUAAGUUGCGUUCUAGAUGGGAUGGUCCUUACAUUGUUCAAGUUGUGUUUCCUCACGGUGCUGUUGAAAUUCAGGAUCCUAAAAAUGGUAAUGUUUUCAAAGUUAAUGGUCAACGUCUUAAACCAUUUUUAGAAUUGCCUAUUGAUUCGGAGGAAGAGGUCAUCCACCUCAUCGACCCUUGAUCAUGUAAUUUGCUUCAGUAGUUAAUAAAAAUCCCUUCAUCUCCUAUUCAGGUAUUAUUCCUCUUUACUCUCUCAUUUCAAUUCUCUCUUUUGCAUACAUUGAGGACAAUGCAUGAUUUAGGUAUGGGGAGGGCUUUAGUGUAAUUAUUAAAAAAUGAAAAUCCCUAAAAAAUGAAAAAUUAGAAAAUCCAAAAAUAGAGAUGUUUUAGCUAAGUUGUCUUUCCCUCACUCGAACUUUAGGAGUAGUUGGUGUUUAGCAUGUUUUCGAAAAGUAUAUACAUGUAGUGUCUUUUAGAUAAUUUGAACGUAGUUGAGUAAGGUUGUCUUUUUGAAGCUUGUAUCGACCGAUUUGUACUCUAAAUUCCAAGAUGGCACACACUUUGCACGAGACUUUUGAUGGAGAGAUUGCCUAGUGAUAUUAUUCGAUACCUGAGAGAGAACCCACAUGUUGAAACAACGUCGAAUCGAACCUUUGCGAAUAAAAAAAAAAGAAAAAAAGAAAAAAAAAGAGAUAGAAAAAGAAAAGGAAUAACUACUUCAAUACCCAUUGUUCUUUAUAGAUAAAAUCUUUAGAUAAAUGGGCAAAAGUAGAUUGGCUAGUCUCGUUUUGUGGCCUUUGUUACUCGAGCAAUUAAGUCCGUCGGGGGAUUUCAAAACCUAGUGCCCUAAGACCGUUUGGUUUGGGAGUCACUGACCUAAAGCUCGCUACAUGGGUAACAUUGUUUGCCUAAGAAA